AUGGAUUUCAUAGCACCAACGAAAAAACAGCAAGAAUCUCAAAUUGAAGCGGAUUUUCUUCAUAGAGUGUGUGAUAAAAAUAUUCAUGAGCCAGUGAUCGGUUCCCUUCAGCAUAGUACGAGCUGCACAAAUGAAACAGUUGCAGAGUUUGAGUCUACGAUUCUGAAUGGUUGUGAACGUUCAAAACAAAUAAAAUCUGAUGAGUCCCCACAAACUAAUACUGACCAAUUGACCACGAGGUCCAUGCUUCACAAGUCACAAUCACUAGAUUUAUAUAAUGAAAAUCAAGCAAAUUCCACGGAAAAUACGGAAAAUUUUAACCUAACUGAAAUUUCAAGCUCAAUAUCGAAGAUAACUAGCAAUAUUGAACCAGUCUUUCGGUUUAGCAAUGGAUGUAUUCAAAAAUUUUCCCCUAAGAUCUCACAUAACGAUUUGAAAUAUCAAUCGUCUGAAUGCCGACCAAUUUACCCGAAUGUUCCAUACAGUCCAUAUGCCAGUCCAUUUGGUAGUCCUCGGUGUAAUCGCCGGCGUCCCAUUUUUCGAGAAUCUCGAAGAAUCUCAAUGGAAAAAUCUGGAAGCUUUCUUCAAUUAAAUCAAUAUAAAUUAAUGGAACAAAUUGGGCAGGGUUCUUACGGCCUGGUUAAACUAGCUUACUCUGAGGAAGAUUCAACUCAUUAUGCCAUGAAAAUUCUUUCAAAAAAGCGUUUAUUACGCCAAGCUGGACUCAUUCGCAGGGGUCCUAGAAAAGCCACAUCUCCUCUGGACAGAGUUUACAGAGAAAUUGCUGUUUUGAAAAAACUUGAUCAUCCAAAUGUCGUUAAAUUGGUGGAAGUGUUGGACGACCCAAUUGAGGACUCAUUAUAUAUGGUUUUUGAACUCGUGAAACUAGGCGAGGUUUUAAGGAUUCCAACCGACAAACCAUUGUCUGAGGAAAGAUCAUGGAGUAUUUUACGAGAUACAUUACUGGGACUUGAAUAUUUGCACUACCAAAAAAUUAUUCACGCAGACAUAAAGCCAGGCAAUUUAUUAUUAACAGAAUAUGGAAACGUCAAAAUAGCUGAUCUGGGUGUGUGCAAUGAAUUUUUUGGAGAAGAGGCCAAUAUUAGCAGCGGUACGACUGGUGGCACCCCGGCCUUUCGAGCUCCAGAAACACUUGUGUUAGGACAGAAUGUCUACUGUGGAAAGGCAGCGGAUGUCUGGGCUUUGGGAGUAACACUGUACUCCCUAGUUUAUGGAAACGUUCCAUUUUUUGGGGAGACUGUUCCUUUCCUAUAUGAAAAAAUAAAAAACGAUCCUGUUAUGUUUCCACAAACUGUUACAAUAAGUAAUCAGUUAAAAAACUGUUUGUUAAAUAUGUUGGAAAAAGAUCCAAAAAAGAGAAUAACAAUUCCUCAAUUAAAGGUAAAUAAUUGGGUUACAUCAGAAGGAAAAUUUCCACUGCCAACUGAAGAAGAAAAUUGUUGUUUGGUUCAACUAGACGAUGAAGAUUUAAGCUUUGUCGUCAGGAGCAUUCCAAAAUUAGACACUCUCAUUCUAAUAAAAACAAUGUUAAAAAAACAUUCUUUUGGAAAUCCUUUCAUAAAAGAAGAAGAAGGAAAUUCAUCCAAACAUUGCAGCUCCCGCUUUAAAAAAUUUUCCAACACUGGUCGAUCAAAUUCUGCUCCCGGAUCGUAUUACGUUUCAAUGGACAGGCAAGCAUCAGAUGACUCGCUUCUUCCCUCCGUAACGGAACAUUCUUAAUGGAAAUCUAUGUUCUGUGAUUAAGAUUUCGAAAUUUUUUAUGUUUUUUAAAUAUUUAAAGGACUUUCGGCAUAGCCGGCUAAAGCUAUAAAUGAUCUUAUAUCUAGUGCCAGAAUAUACAGAUAUGAAUAAAAAUGUCGAUUUACCAGCUCACUAAGUUGUUGAAAAUAAACAUACAAAUUUGUUCAAAUUAACUUUUAAAUGUCAAAAACUGUUUAAUAAAAUACUCCGUCUGCUUUAAUCUUG